AUGACCUAUGAUGAUCUACAUAUCAACUUCACUCAGGAAGAGUGGGAUUUGCUGAAUCCUUCCCAGAAGAAUCUCUACAAAGAUGUGAUGCUGGAGGCCUACAGGAACCUUGAUACCAUAGGAUACUUUUGGGAAGACCAUAACACUGAAGAACAUUAUCAAUGUUCUAGAAGACAUGCAAGACAUCAACAAACUCACAUUAUAAAAAAGCCCCAUGAAUAUGAGGUUCAACAGUGUAUUGAAUGUGGUAAAGCUUUUAUAUGUGCCAAUUAUCCUUGCAGGAUUGAAGGAAAUCAAACUGGAGAGAAAAAUUCAGUAUAUACUCACUCUGCUAAAGCCUGGUCUUAUGACACUCACCUAAUAAGGAAUGAAAAUACACAUAAUGGAGAACAACAGUAUGAAAUUAAGCAAUGUGGAAAAGUCUUUGCUCAUCACAGCCAUCUUCAAAUGCAUAAAAGAAAACACACUGGAGAAAAACCCUGUGAAUACAGUCAAGUUGCUAAAGACUUUGUUCUAUAUGAGACUCAUCAAAGUCAAAAAGAAACACAUACUGGAGGGAUACCAUAUGAAUAUAAUCUGUGUGUUAAAGCCUUUGCUGAUCACAGUAGUCUUCAGAACCAUAAAAGAACACUUAAUAGGGAGAAACCCUAUGAAUGUAAUUGGUGUGGUAAGGCGUUUGCCUGGCACAGUCUUUUUCAAAGGCAUGAAAGAACACAUACUGGAGAGAAACCCUAUGAAUGUAAUCAGUGUGGUAAGGCCUUUGCUAGACACAGUGUUCUUCAAAUACAUAAAAGAACACAUACUGGGGAGAAACCCUAUGAAUGUAAUCAGUGUGGUAAGGCCUUUGCAUGUCAGGGUAAUUUUCAAAAGCAUAAAAGAACACAUACUGGAGAGAAACCCUAUGAAUGUAAUCAGUGUGGUAAGGCCUUUGCAGCUCAGGGUAAUCUUCACAAGCAUAAAAGAACACAUACUGGAGAGAAACCCUAUGAAUGUAAUCAGUGUGGUAAGGCCUUUGCUAGACACAGUGUUCUUCAAAUACAUAAAAGAACACAUACUGGGGAGAAACCCUAUGAAUGUAAUCAGUGUGGUAAGGCCUUUGCAUGUCAGGGUAAUUUUCAAAAGCAUAAAAGAACACAUACUGGAGAGAAACCCUAUGAAUGUAAUCAGUGUGGUAAGGCCUUUGCUGACAACAUUACUUUUCAAAGGCAUAAAAGAACACAUACUGGAGAAAAACCCUAUCAAUGUAAUCAGUGUGGUAAGGCCUUUGCUAGACACAGUGUUCUUCAAAUACAUAAAAGAACACAUACUGGGGAGAAACCCUAUGAAUGUAAUCAGUGUGGUAAGGCCUUUGCAUGUCAGGGUAAUUUUCAAAAGCAUAAAAGAACACAUACUGGAGAGAAACCCUAUGAAUGUAAUCAGUGUGGUAAGGCCUUUGCUGACAACAUUACUUUUCAAAGGCAUAAAAGAACACAUACUGGAGAAAAACCCUAUCAAUGUAAUCAGUGUGGUAAGGCCUUUGCUAGACACAGUGUUCUUCAAAUACAUAAAAGAACACAUACUGGGGAGAAACCCUAUGAAUGUAAUCAGUGUGGUAAGGCCUUUGCAUGUCAGGGUAAUUUUCAAAAGCAUAAAAGAACACAUACUGGAGAGAAACCCUAUGAAUGUAAUCAGUGUGGUAAGGCCUUUGCUGACAACAUUACUUUUCAAAGGCAUAAAAGAACACAUACUGGAGAAAAACCCUAUCAAUGUAAUCAGUGUGGUAAGGCCUUUGCUAGACACAGUGUUCUUCAAAUACAUAAAAGAACACAUACUGGGGAGAAACCCUAUGAAUGUAAUCAGUGUGGUAAGGCCUUUGCAUGUCAGGGUAAUUUUCAAAAGCAUAAAAGAACACAUACUGGAGAGAAGCCCUAUGGAUGUAGUCAGUGUGGUAAGGCCUUUGCUGACAGCAGUGCUUUUCAAAGGCAUAAAAGAACACAUGCUUGA